GCUGAAAAAUAGAAAUAAAAUCAAAAUGGCGUCUUAUAGUUGUACAUAAGACACUUUUUUCAAUCUUCGCAAGAUGUUAUCGAUGUCGUUUCAACCCAACAUAAAUGCCGUUUUGAAACCCCCCACAGCAGCAACAACAACAACAAACUUGCUUUCUACAAACCUUCUCCUUAAACCCUUUAUCAAAACCUCAAUCUAUCUCAAACCACGUGGGCAAAGCCCUUUCACAAGACAGUUCAAAAUCGAAGUCUCUUCUUCAUUGCCGGCUGUCGAUCCAGUACUCAAGCGACAAACUCCUGCAGAUGAUUCUGACUCCAAUUUCCCUUCAGAAAAAGAGAAGCUUGGAGUAGUUGUGAAGCCAAUUGAGAAACCAAGGAUUGUAUUGAAGUUCAUUUGGAUGCAAAAUGACAUUGGAGUUGCACUCGACCAAAUGAUACCAGGUCGUGGAACAAUCCCUUUGAGUCCCUAUUACUUUUGGCCUAGGAAAGAUGCCUGGGAAGAGCUCAAGGUCAUGCUAGAGAGCAAGCCAUGGAUUUCUCAGAUGGAGAGGAUCAACCUCCUCAAUCAGGCUACCGAUAUCAUCAACUUGUGGCAAAAUGGCAGUAGCAAUUUGUAGUAAGGUUUACUUUAAAAUUUUGAAUUUUGGUUAGCUUGUGUUAUAGUCUGAUAAAUCCUGAAGGGCAGGUUUGGUUUUCAUGAGAUGUUAGGAUUUUUGGGUAUAUCUUGUGUUUCUCUUUUGUUAAAUUUAAUCAGAAUCGGGACCUGUUCACUCAA